AUGUUCAAAAGCAGUAACUUCAAGGAGGAACUUGUAAAAUGUGGGGAGGAUGAAGAAUGUGAUUAUAAAUCAAGAAUAAAAAUAAAAAUAGGAAACAAUCAAAGAAUAUUAUUUUUGUUAAAACAUUAUAAAGAUGAAUAUUAUUUAAUCGUACAUCACCGAAAACUUAUAGUAGCAUAUCCAAUGCGUUACCAUAAAAUUGCCCCAUACAAAUCCGAUUUUGCAUAUUCGGAAUUUUCUGGAAAAGGGUAUGGUAAUUUUGAUUUUCAAAAUCAACUGGGGAAUAGAGAUUGCUUACGUUCUAAAACUCCUAUUGAUGAAAGUACAAAUGUACCAAUAUUUAAAGGUUUUAAUGAAAGACCAUAUACAACCUGUUGUUCAUGUCUUGAUUACCCUUAUGAUGAUCCUGACGCAAUGCCAAUAUUUCGAGGUAUACCAAAGUAUUUGGAUUUAGAUUGCAGAGAUAUUCCACCCGCCGACGAUGGAACAACGAUUGAAAGGAUAGUUUCUGUAAGAAAGACGUUACGACAUUUUCUACCUCUUUAUGCUUUAUUUUAUUUUAGUAAGACUGUAAAAUAUUUUACAUUUUUAAAUAUUACAAUUAUAAAAAAAGAGAAUAAUUUUAUAGAUUAUUAUAAAUUAUAUAAAGAAAAUACACUCCUAGAAAAUAUACACUAUAAACAUAUAUUAGAUGAAUCCACAAAAACUUUAGAUAUAUAUGAUAAUAAAAGAAUUAGUAUAUCCCAUUCUUCAAUUGCUUUUGAUAAUAUUAACAUACCAUAUUUAUAUGAUCAAUAUUUAUUAUAUCCAUUUUAUCCUGAACAGUUAUAUAAUAUAAAAUAUGAUACAUUAGAAUAUGGAUGUACAUAUAAUAACCCAUCAGAACAUUUUGAAUGCAUAGAAAGCGAUACAAGUAAAUGUGUAUAUACUGAAUCUACGUGUUUGAAUAAUUCAAUUUUAAUACCUAAAGCAUAUAUUGCAAAAAGAGAAGAUGAUUGUAGUUUAAUAGGAUACAAUAAUGAAUUAAUUCAUCAAAAAGAAACAUGCCUAAAAAAGGGUAGAUGCUUUGAAAAUACAAUAGAUAGUUAUUUAACUGAUUCCCAAAUAGAUGAUCCAGAAGCUCAUGCAAUUAAAACAAAAUUACCAAUUAUAAAUGGGAAAUAUCCUCAUUAUAUUUAUAAAAAAGGUAAAAAUUGGAAAGAACAUAGCGAUAAAAGGAGUCUCGAUUUCUUCAAAGACAAUAAUAUAGAACAUUUUAUUGCCUAUGAAUAUCUUAAGGAAGAUAGAACUGAAUUUGUAAUAAGUAUAUCUAAUAAGUCUCCAACAAAAAAAGUUGAUAUUCCAAAAAAUACCACAAAUAAUGGAUUUUUCAAAUUGCUGAGCUGGAUUAAUCCUAGUAAUUUUAAUAAAUCGCUUUGGAAUAAACCUAAAGGAAUAAAUUCUGAACAAGACGAUGAGGAAAAAAAGAUUGAAUAUGAUACAACCAUUUUUUAUAUAGAAACAUUAAAAGAAUUAAAAAUUAUAAAUAUAUUGUUAUCUGAUGAGUGUGAUGUAGCACGCCCAGAAGAAUGCGGAAUUAUUAUUCACGUAUGGAAUCCAUCAAAAGAAAGCAUAACAGGAAGAUUAAAAUUACAUUGCUCAAUAAAUAUAUAUACAAAAUAUGUUGAUGAACAAAAUAUUGUUUAUGAUGAAGGAGUAUAUCAAUUUUUAUUUUUUUUUAAAGUACCUUAUGAAAAACUUAAAUUAUUUCAAAAUUGUACUAUUAGCGCUUAUGGAGCUUUUAAAUUAUAUGAUACAAAAAGUUAUGCUAAAAACAAUGAUGGAUAUAUUAGUAGAUUAUUUUAUCAUAAAAAAAAAGAAAGUCCUGGAAUGUAUUUAUAUGCAGAUGGAAUUAAAAAAUUUACAUGUUGCCGUGAUGAUGAUAAUACUUGUAAAAUUCGAAAUAUUAAAAAAUGUAAAAUAUCUGAAGAUUUAAACUAUUUUAAUGUAUUUAUUUUUAUUUUAAUAAAUAUAUUCAUUAUUGUCUUUUUAAUAUAUUAUUAUAAUAAAAGAAGGAAAAGAAAUUCAGAAAAUAGCCCUAUAGACGCUCGAAUAUAA